GUGGUCGCAAUUUUAUGACCGUUUAAUUACGGACUAUAGUAUCUCGGAUAACAAGGAACCGUUUUAAUUAAUCGGUUUGGUCGCAAUUCUAUGACCGUUUAAUUAAUCAGAAAACGUUUAUGAUUUGAUCGGUUACAUCUCCCGACCCUUCCAGGGUUUUGUUCGCCCUGUAACUGUCAUCGCAUCUAAAAUUGACCGUCACAAUGUUCGGAGCCGCUGGAAAGUCCGGUCGUGGUGGUCGCGGCGGCACCGGGAAGCGUAAACUCCCCUCCAAGUUCCGUUCCGCAUCUCGCAAUCUCCCUCCCAGUGGCCGUCCCUCCGUCGACGCCUCUCGCAACAACCGCACAACCACCGCCACUACUGCCGUCGCCUCCACGGCUCCGGCGGAGGAGACAUAUGAUCUCGUUACUGGUAAUCCUCUCAACUUCGCUAUGAUAAUUAGGCUUACACCUGACCUUGUUGAUGAGAUCAAGCGUGCCGAGUCGCAAGCUGGCUCGGCUCGGAUCAAAUUUCAUGCCAAUCCUAAUUAUCCUUCCGGGAAUGUUAUUGAUGUGGGAGGUAAGGAAUUUAGAUUUACAUGGUCAAGGGAGAUGGGAGACCUUUGUGAUAUAUAUGAGGAGUGCCAAAGUGGUGAAUAUGGAAACGGGCAGCUUGUUGAAUCUGGGUGUGCUUGGCGAAAACUGAAUGUACAGAGAGUCUUGGACGAAUCUACUAAAAACCAUGUUAAAAUGAUGUCAGAAGAAGCUGAGAGGAAGUCUAAAUCUCGGAAAGUUACAAUUUUGGAUCAUGGGAGCUCAUCAAUGAAGACUCAAAUAAAGGCAUUAGCUGCUGCUGAAGCUACUCCUUGGAAAAUGCCUUUUAAACAAAAAAAGGAGCCUCCUUACAAAAAAGGAACAACUGAACCUCCUUCAGGUCCACCUAAAUCGGCUAACAAACACGUGUUGUCCUCUACACCCUCAAAAGGGAGGAUCUCAUCUUCACCUCUACCAUCUGCACGCGAGCAGCCUCUAGUGUCAGCUUCCCCAUCUAGAACUAGAAGUCUGAGUAGGGCCUAUGCAAGUAUAGAUGAUAAUAUGUCCAUUCAAGCAAGUAGUAAAGAAAAACCUUCCAGCUCUGAGAAAGGAAUGCCCAAUAGGGUUAUCACCAAUGCAGUACCGGACAAACAGGCUGGCAAGGGAAAUUUAGGAGUUAAACCUACUGACUUGAGGAGUAUGCUGAUCGUUUUACUGCGAGAGAAUCCCAGGGGAAUGAGCCUUAAGGCACUGGAGAAAUCUGUUGGACAGGACUUCCCCAAUUCUGGAGCACAAAUUAAGCUUAUCAUAAAAAAAGUUGCAACUUACCAACCGCCCGGAAGAUAUAUAUUGAAAUCAGGAGCAGAGCCGGAAAGCUUCCAAAAACCCGUGUCUCAAAGUGGAAGUUCACCUGAAAAUAAGAAACAAGAAGCAUCUCGGCGCAGUGACAAGUGCGAUGACAUACAUGAUCCUGUUAACAAGGCUUCUAUGAAAACACACACACAAAACGAUGAACCUGCAAAUCUGAAUUCUGAGCCUGGAGAAGUUUUAACAGAUGCCGAAAAACAUAAGAUUUCACUUCAGUCUCCUGAUCUUCAUGCAGAGAAAGAAGUUCUAGAUAAUAGUGGAAGGAUGGUAGCUACCUCUAGUAACAGCCAAAGUGGCAGUGAUAGCAGUGACAGUGAAUGUGACAGUGGAAGUCACAGCAGAAGCAGAAGUAAGAGUAGAAGUCUUCUUGGAAGUGGGAGUGGGAGUAGCAGUGACAGCGAAACAGACACCUCUUCCAAAAGUAAGGAAGGAUCGGACGAGGAAGUGGAUAUCAUGACUAGUGAUGAUGACAACGUCCUGAAGGACAGGUUGCAAGCUUCUGAACCUGAAUUAUCUGCAUCGCCAGUUUUGCAGAGACCUGAAGGGUUGCUUCUGCAAAAUGCCACCAAUGAGAAAAAAGAUAUCCAUGCUGCUGAAGUAAUUGAGAUUAGGGAAAACUCACAUGGCUGUGCUCAGGUAGCAAAAUUUGAUGCUUAUUUUCUUGGAUCAGUUUCCAGUGACAAAGAAGGUGAACAACAUUCACAGGUUAUCAAACCUUUAUCAGAUUAUCAUGCUGUGCCUCAAGAAACCCAAGUUCCUAGAGGAGAUUUGUACAGAGAAAAGGAUGGUUUCAGACUUGAGCAGUCUGAUGGAUAUCAAAGAAAAUCCGAAGGAAAAUCAAAAAAACGUUCUGCCGAGGAUUUGUUUGAUGAUACUGAUGUGUGUUCUAAAAAAUUAAAAGGAAGUGCGACAAGGGCACCAAUACAAAGUGAAGAUGGUUAUAAGAAUGAAAAAAGGCCUUCUAAAAAUCCUAGAGAUGGUGCUGUGGACAAAAAAAUGGCACCUGCCGACUCUCAUCACAGGAAAAAAGCUGAAUUGCCUGGAAAGACUGUGGAGGUUGGGUCAGUUUUGAACUCAAGUUUGGUGUAUCCUUUAAAGGAUAGCAACAUAUCUGACGUUGGCAGAUCCGCUAUUAUAGAUAUAUUAAAUCUUAGAAGGGAGUCCUCGGUGUUGGAGCUAGGUGAACUUCGUGAUCCCUUGCCUGAAAUGACGCCUGGAAUUAAGCAGUCUGAUAAAAUAGGCUCCAUCAAUCAAACAGUCAGACAAUUGGAUUACUGGAACCCCGAUAUUAGUAAAGAAAGACCUGCUGGGAAAACUGGUGUAGAUUCAGUUGAGCCUUCCUCAGCCAAUUUGAAUGCUGGGGUCAUUGGCAAUUACAAAGGAUUGUAUAAAAGUGGGAGCCAGGGACAUGACGAAGAUUUAUCAGCUGUGCAAUGUAACCCUCCACAGCUGCGAAGAGUUAAUCAAGCUGAGGUUGUGUCUCAACUGACUAACUUAUCAGAUGUUGAUUCUAAUUGUAAACAGAAUAAAGCUUUAUCGAGUCAGGUGGUUGGUAGGGAAGGGUAUGGAGAUGCUCAAAGAAAAGUUCCUGGUGCCAUGGCUCAGCUGCUUGAUGAUGUACAGGGACGGCCACUUUCCACCAUAGAAAGUGAAAGGAGAAAAACUGAUUCAUCAGCCAACCUUAGUGAUAUAUACAACGAUCCCCCGAUACUGGACAGUCGUGCCGGUGGCAAAGAGAACAGAGGAACCUUUUUUAACACUAAUGAUUUAUCAUACUACAAGUAUGAGAAGGACAAACCGGAGCUGAAGGGUCCAAUUAAGGAUCAAUCCCAGUAUAUGGAAUACGUGAAAGAGUUCCAGGAGAAAUAUGAUAGCUACUUCUCUAUUAGCAAAAUAUUAGAGUCUGAAAGGAAUGAGUUCCUCAAAUUUGGAAGAGAUCUUGAAGCUGCGAAGGAAAAUGAUAUGAUUAAAUAUUGUAGCAUUCUGGAGAAACUAAGGGAAUCUUAUCGUCGGUGUGGAACGAGGCACAAGCGGCUGAAGAAAGUAUAUGUUGUGCUUCACAGAGAAUUGGAGACCUUGAAGGAGAUGAUUAGAGACUAUGCUAAUCGGUGUCCAAAAGAUUAAUUGUCAGUUCCUGCUUGGCACAAAGUCAUUGUAUAGGAUAUUUGUUUUCCUUAAUUGUGCUUGCACGAAGUCCUAAAAGAGACGAAAUAAGUACAAGUCAGCAGUGCAUCCAUAUGUUUUGCAAAAGAACUAGGGUCAAUGAAGGGGGUCAAAAUUUUCUCAAGUGAGAACUUUACCAUGUAUUAAAAAAUUAGGAUGGAAUUUGAGACCUUGAGGUAGCAAGCAAGUCUAGUUUUUCUGGGUCAAGAUCAAAGUUCAAAGUUUUGUAAUUAGGUUGUAGAGUUGUGUUGUAUAUAAGAAAGCUAGUCUUGUAGGAGUACUUCACAUUCAAAAUGGAAGACUAUCUGAGGAACAGGAAUAUGAUUAUUUUAAAACAAAAUGGUUCUUGAUAUUCAUUUAAGCAUAAUUUAA